CGGAAAUGGCUUAAAAGACUAUAGCUGUGUCGCUUUCGUUCCUAAUUUGUUCCUAAUACACAUGUGAGCGAUAUAAGUUCAAUCUUUAAAUAUAAAUUAUUUGAAUAAAUCCUGAGCAAAACCCGGAUAAAGCUGGCUUGAAAGAAGUUCUACUAUAAAAUUCUGUGGUUUUAGAUUUAAAAAAUAAUAAGGUUGUAUGUCAAAUUACAAACGUCUUUUAAAUUAUCUUUCAUGUAAACUUAUUACAUUCGUGUAUAUUAUAUUCCUAUGGUAAAAUAUUUAGAUUAUUAAUUACAAACAUGCCUUUUGCGCCGGAAUUACGAACUCAUACUCAAAAAGUGAAGACUCUUUAUAAAACAGCUAUGCGGUUACUUGAGUCAUAUCAUGUGGCAAAAUUUGUCAUACGAUAUCAUCAGGUUAUUUUAAGAGCAGAGUUUGAUAAGAACAGGGCUGUAUGUGACCCGAAAGAGCAACGGCGCUUACUGUGGGUGGGAGAGCAUGAAGUAUUUCAGAAGAAAAAUCCUUUACCACCGGCCCGAUUUCCAUACUCUCAGGGGAUAGCAGCAGGAGUAGCAUAUGGGCGUGAAAUAGAACCUCCCGACUGGGUCCUGGACUACUGGCAUCCAUUGGAAAAGGCGCAAUAUCCUCAAUAUUUCAAUAAACGUGAAUGCAGAAAAAAGGAGUAUAUUAAGUACUGGAAGAAAGGAUUGUUACGUUGAAUGUUGUUAGAUUUAGUUAUGAAUACAUAUUGUGUGAAUUUAUCUGUUUAUUUAUUCCAUAUAUUUGAUUAACAUUAGUUGGUACAUUAUU